UAGUCGAGAUCGGGCGCGCGGCGCAACGCACGCAACGUAACGCAACGCGACGAAACGGAACGGAACGAAACACGCAGCGAAACGCAGCGAGACGCAGCGAAACGGGCGUCACACAGAGACGCCGAAUUCUCGGGCGGCGCGCCGGCGACGUUCAGUUUUUCAGUAGAUACGGUACCGUCGAGUUCAGACUCGCCGCGCGAGGCCGAAUCUUCGCCCGUCUGCCGUUUUCACUGCCCCGUUUCAACUUCGCAGUACCUGCACUCCCUCGCCUUUGAGAAACCUUUCCGUUUUUCCCUCUGCGAUCUCCUUCCUUUCCUCCCUCCCUCCCUCCCUCCCGCCCUCACUCCUCUUUCUCACUUUUUCCGACCGUCAUGCGCGCUUCUAAAAAAUUGUUAAUACCAAUCACCGAGCGCAACGGCGACUAUAACAAUAAUACAGGGUGUGCCAAAUCGGUCAGUGUUUCUUCGUUGCUGUUUUUGUUUUUGUUGAUCUCGGCCGCGUUGCCGGUUUCAAACGGUGCUGAGAAACCGAUCGGUUGACAGUCGAGGGGUCGAGUUUAAGCAAUUAAUAAUACCGUAGACGUAGAUAGAUAAUUUACACAACAGAACAAAUACAAUAAUAAUAAAAACAAAUUAGCUAAACUGCUUAUUCUCGUGGUGCGAACGAGAGACGAUAAAGCGAACCAAGGAAAGUGAACGAGUUUCUAUGGACGAAAUAAACAAGUGUUGAGUUCUCACUUUUUCUCAAGUUUCUUCGUUUUUUUUUUUUUUUUUUUUUUCUUCCUCCUUUCGGAGCAACAACUUAUAUCGACAGUUUCUGUUUUGAUUCGGGUGUUGACUCUGCUGGCGGAUCGCUACACCGGUCUUCUGAUCUUCGACUACGGAUUUACCUGAAAUACGUGUUUUAAUGUACCCCGGAGUCACCUGCGACACCACCAUGGAUGCGUGGAUGUACGAUGUGGUUUCUAUGAUGUCGGGUGGCGACGGUGGCACUGCAGGAAUAGUCGGUAAUAACAGGACGACGACGAUACCCAGUAUAAAACAGGAGGUUGAAAAUCCUACAACGCCGUCGCAGAAUUACCACCAAGUUUGUUCGCCCACCACGACCCUCCACCACCAAGAUGUGGUAUGCGGUCAGGUGGACAUUCCUGAUUACGGGGGUGGAGGAGGAAGUCCCGGAAGUCCUGAAAGGCAUCACUGUUCGUCGACAACGCAACCAAUGGGAAUGGCAGAGGGCGGUAUCAAAGAGGAAGACAUGCUGCCUAGAAGAUUGUGUCUGGUUUGCGGAGACGUCGCCAGCGGUUUUCACUACGGCGUCGCAUCCUGCGAGGCUUGCAAAGCGUUCUUUAAACGAACGAUACAAGGUAGGCUACAAGGCAAUAUCGAGUACACUUGUCCGGCGAACGGCGAAUGCGAGAUAAACAAGAGAAGACGAAAAGCCUGCCAGGCUUGCAGGUUUCAAAAAUGUCUGAGGCAAGGAAUGCUCAAGGAAGGUGUCAGGCUCGACAGAGUUCGGGGUGGUCGGCAAAAGUACCGGAGAUCCACCGAGCCUUACGCCAUGAUGGCGAGCAUCAAACUCGAAGAUAACAAAAUGGUCGAGGCUCUGAUAUCCUGCGAACCGGACAUGCUUCAGGCAUCAAGUCCUUCGCUUACUUUGGACACGGAUCAGCGAGUGCUCGGACAACUUUCCGAUCUUUACGACAGAGAGUUAGUCGGUAUUAUAGGAUGGGCCAAGCAGAUACCCGGCUUUAGCGGGCUGGCUUUGAACGAUCAAAUGCGUCUGCUUCAGAGUACUUGGGCAGAAAUUCUCACCUUCAGUUUGGCAUGGAGAAGCGUACCGAACAGUGGCAAGCUUAGAUUUGCCCAGGAUUUUACCCUAGAUGAAAAAAUUGCCCGGGAAUGUCACUGCGUCGAACUUUACUCACAUUGUAUACAGAUAGUGGAACGACUACAGCGACUGAGCUUGUCGAGGGAAGAAUUUUACGUACUAAAAGCACUGGUGCUUGUGAACAGCGACGCAAGAUUGGACGAGCCUCAGUCUUUGGUUCGUUUUCGAGAUGUGAUACUGAAUUCCCUUUCCGACUGCGUUGCGGCAGUUCGACCAGGUCAGGGUAUACGAUCAACGCAAAGUAUGUUCCUAGUCCUGCCGAGUCUCAGGCAAGCUGACGGUAUUGUUAGAAAAUUUUGGACCAGUGUUUAUAGGACUGGCAAAGUACCGAUGAACAAAUUGUUCGUCGAAAUGUUGGAGGCUGCUUGUUAUCGAUGAAAGAGAGGAGACGAAGGAAAGAAAAUUGUUUGUUUCUUAUUUUUUCCAAUCGUUAUUUUUUUUUUUUUUUUUUCUCGCAACGACAUUUCUCUCCACUUUUUGUUCACACUACACAAAUACCUGUUGUUAUCAUUACUAUUAUUAAUAUUACUAUUACUAUUAUUACCAUUACUACUAAUAUAUUGUUUUAUGUACAUUAUUGUUAUUAUCGUAAGGAUUAGCUACUUUGUAAUUUCACAUCACAAUCGGCUUCGGCUCCCUAUUAUUUAUUUAUUUGUUACAUCGUUACCCUUUGAAUUCAAAGUAUUUAGAUUUCACUUUCGCAAUUCGUUGUCUUCACACACACACAUACACACACACGCGCGCGCGCGCGCAAACUCUUUCUCUCUCUUUUUCUCAUUAUUUCUAUCUCUGUAUAUUAAUACUUCUCUAUGAUUACCGUAUGUAAGAAGCUUUUGAGAAGAGAAACAUGGAGAGAGAGUGAGAGAAAGAAGUAUAAAAAAGGUAACAAAAAAUUGAAACUGUCAUUUUUCGUUCAACUUUUAUUAUUCGUUUAUUUUUUUUUUUUUUUUUUCUCGAUAAAAGAAACGUUGCGUUUUCUUAAUUACGUAAUGAAUUAUUCUUUUAUAUCCCAGUGCUAUUUGCAAAGUAAAUAUAGUCUUACCUCAAAGAAUGAUAUAAGAGAACCAAAAACGUGAAAAAAUAUUUAGUAAAAACACAUUAAAGAAAAAAAAAAAGAAAGUAAUCCGGUGUUAACGUAGCGAAGAAAAGCGAUAAAUGUAAUAAACUAAAGAAACCAUGUACAGAGUUAUCUAGUGUAUUGGAGUUUAAAGAAACUUUGACGAAAAUUGGGACUCUGAGGAGUGCAUAAAAUCGUCAAACUGUGAGUAUAGGUAAUUUUUGAACGAUUAAAAAGUGAAAAAGAGAGAGGAGACAAGGAUUAAAAAAAUUAAAAAAUUAAAAAUAUCUCAAAUUUGCUGUGUGAUAAUUUCUGUUUUCUGAAAAUGGACAUACGUAGAGGGAUGUACGUAAUAUUAUAGGAGGAUAGAUGGACGAAGAAGCAAAAGCAAAAUUCAGCUGUCUUAAUGAAUUCGCGAAAAUAAGAACGUUGCUGGUGCUGUUUUUCUUUUCAUCAAAAUGAUGAAAUGAAAAUGUGAGAUCAAGUGAAUAAUGAUUGAAUUGAAAAUUAAAGACGAAUGAACGACAAGAAAAAAAAAAAAAAAGUGAUAAUAAUGAGACGAUACGAAACUCCCGGAUAGGAGUUAUUUUAUGAUAGAAACUAGGUGUAACAAGUAAACCAACAACAACGUCAACAAUAAUAACAGUACCAAUAAUAAUAAUAAUGAUGAUAAGAACGCGUUGUACAGAAAAGAAAGAGACACACGAAUUGCAUUUUUCUUAUUUGCUAUGUUAUAAAAUUUCGUCAUCGUUGAAUAAUUAAAGAAAUCGAGUCAUCAAAGAUUUCAGAAUGGCUGUGGAUGAUGAUGAUGAUGAGGAGGAUUAGGAAUAUAGAGAAAUGGAAAUUUCCAUACAUAUUAACAUAGAUACAGCAAUAUAGUUCCGUAUAAAUAAAUAGAAUUAAUUUCAUGUGGCAAAGCUAGGUUCGUGUUUUUUUGGUUUUUUUUUCCAAUUCAAGACGUACGACUUGCGUAGUAACAAUUUUAAUUUACCUAUUAAUAACAAGUGAAUAAAUAAUCGAACGAAAAUAAUUGGCUACUAAUUCACGUGGAGUAAGAAUACUAAUAAUGACGACUAUAUGAAUUUUGUGUAAUGAUUAUUGUUAUUGUCGUUGUCGUUGUUUUUGUUGUUGUUGUUGUUGUUGUUAUUAUCAUUAUUAUUAUUCUAUUUUGUAUGAUAACUUAGCUGUCAAAGAUCGAAUUCUAAUUCACGUUUAGAUUGCAUCUUCUUCGUAUUUACAUGGAUAACGAAAAGAGAUGAAAAAAAAAAAUACCAGUGAUAAUACGCAUAUAUAGCGUGUAGCCAUAGUGUGAAUAUUUAUUUCUCAUGUAAGACAUGGAAGAUACGAUUUAAAUUUUAACAAAUUGAAAUGAGAAAAUAC